GAUGUAAGAGGAGCUAAUUGUCCGAAACACAGAAUCGUCGUAAAUAUAACCAAAUUUCCUUCUUCUACAGUUCGGAUUUUUCUUUUACAACUCAAUCUAACAGAAAAAACAAAAUAAAGAGAAAUUCUUUGUAAAUUUUUCCAGAGAUGGAAUCACCAGAAGAAUUAGGGAUUUCUACAAACGGCAAUCAUCAUCAUAGUCAUCGAUACUUUCAAAUGCGAUCAGAACCGUCGAUUUCAUCGUCAUCUCUUCCUCACCAAAUUCAGUCAUCACAACAAAACUGGAUUUUCGAUGAAUUACCUAAAGCUACUGUUGUUUCUGUAUCUCGUCCUGAUGCUGCUGAUAUUAGUCCUUUUACUCUUUCUUAUACUGUCGAAUUUCAGUAUAAACAGUUUAAAUGGCAGUUAUUGAAGAAAGCAACACAAGUGAUCUAUUUACAUAUCGGAUUGAAGAAACGAGCACUCAUACAGGAAUUUCAAGAUAUUAUUGAGGAUAAACAAGAGCAGGUUAAAGAAUUUCUUCAAACACUAGGAAUAGGAGAACAUACAGCGGUAGUACAACAUGAUGAUGACGAAGGUGAUGAUGAGGAAGCUGUUAAUGUUCAUCAUGACGAAAGUGCAAAAAACAGAGAUGUACCGUCGAGUGCUGCGUUACCGAUUAUUCGGCCCGCAUUAGGAAGACAACAGUCUAUUUCGGAUAAUGCAAAGGUUGCAAUGCAAGGGUAUUUGAAUAAUUUUCUUGGGAACUUGGACAUUGCCAAUUCUCCAGAGGUUUGCAAGUUUUUGGAGGUUUCAAAGUUAUCAUUUGCUCCAGAAUAUGGGCCAAAGCUGAAAGAAGACUAUGUAAUGGUCAAGCAUCUCCCCAAAAUUCCAAGGGAUGAUGAUGAUACAAAAUGUUGUUCAUGCUGUUUGUUUAAUUGCUGGAAUGACAAUUGGCAAAAGGUAUGGGCUGUACUGAAACCUGGCUUCCUGGCUUUGCUGGGGGAUCCUUUUGAUACAAAACCCUUGGAUAUAAUUGUUUUCGAUGUACUGCCAGCCUCAGAUGGUAAUGGAGAAGGUCGAGUAUCUUUAGCCAAAGAGAUAAAGGAUCGCAAUCCACUACGUCAUGCAUUUGAGGUAUCUUGCGGUAGUCGGAGCAUAAAGUUAAGAGCUAAAAGCGAUGGUAAAGUUAGAGAUUGGGUUGCAUCAAUUAAUGAUGCCGGUUUAAGGCCCCCUGAAGGUUGGUGCCAUCCUCAUCGUUUUGGUUCUUUCGCUCCACCAAGGGGCUUGAUUGAAGAUGGAAGUCAGGCUCAAUGGUUCGUUGAUGGACAAGCAGCAUUUCAUGCAAUUGCAUCAGCCAUUGAGGGAGCAAAAUCAGAGGUAUUUAUUACAGGCUGGUGGCUGUGCCCAGAACUGUAUUUAAGACGUCCUUUUAGCACACAAGAGUCCUCUAGGCUUGAUGCGAUAAUUGAAGCAAAAGCCAAAGAAGGAGUUCAGAUUUAUGUUCUUAUGUACAAGGAAGUUGCUCUUGCUUUGAAAAUAAACAGCGUCUACAGCAAGCGAAAGCUUCUUAACAUUCAUGAGAAUGUAAGGGUAUUGCGUUAUCCUGAUCAUUUCUCAUCUGGAGUCUAUUUAUGGUCCCAUCACGAAAAACUUGUUAUCGUUGAUUAUCGAAUUUGCUUCAUUGGAGGUCUAGAUCUUUGUUUUGGUCGCUACGACACAGGUGAACAUAAAUUAGGUGAUUGUCCUCCUGACGUAUGGCCUGGAAAGGACUACUACAACCCCAGGGAAUCUGAACCAAAUACGUGGGAAGAUACUAUGAAAGAUGAAUUAGACCGUUCCAAAUAUCCUCGCAUGCCAUGGCAUGAUGUCCAUUGUGCCCUCUGGGGACCACCUUGCCGUGAUGUAGCAAGGCAUUUUGUGCAGCGCUGGAACUAUGCCAAGAGAAACAAAGCUCCUAAUGAGCAAGCAAUUCCACUACUCAUGCCUCAGCAGCAUAUGGUUAUCCCUCAUUACAUGGCAAGGGGCGAAGAAAUAGAGGCUGAAAUUAAGGAAGUGGAAGAAAGUCACAUGGGCAUCGAUAGACAGGAUUCCUUUUCCAGAUCAUCAUCACCAGACAUCCCACUGCUUUUACCACAGGAAGCUGAUGGAUUGGAUGAUGUAAAUGGAAACUCACAAUUAUGCGGCUUGGACGCCAAUCAAAAUGAUUCGAGCAAUGUUAGUCGAAAUCUUCCAUUUUCCUUCAGGAAGUCAAGAGUUCAACCUAUAGUUCCAGAUUAUCAAAUGAAAGAAUUCAUUGAUGACCUUGAUUCGUUGAAUUCUCAGAGGAAAACUUCUCCUGCCAUGGUGAGACAGGCGGAUGGGAACGGCGAUAAUGAGUGGUGGGAAACACAAGAGAGGGGCGCGCAAGUUGUUUCUGAUGAUGAAGCUGGCCAAGUUGGUCCCCGUAGCUCGUGCCGUUGUCAGAUUAUUAGAAGCGUUGGUCAAUGGUCUGCUGGAACAAGCCAAACUGAGGAGAGCAUUCACAAUGCAUACUGCUCUCUCAUUGAAAAUGCAGAACAUUUUGUUUACAUAGAGAAUCAAUUUUUUAUAUCAGGUCUGUCGGGAGAUGAAAUGAUACGGAAUCGUGUCUUAGAAGCAUUGUAUAGACGUAUCAUACGAGCCCACAGAGAAGAAAAGUCUUUCAGGGUUAUUGUUGUCAUACCGCUCCUGCCUGGGUUCCAGGGGGGUCUCGACGAUACUGGUGCAGCUUCUGUGAGAGCUAUAAUGCACUGGCAAUAUCGAACUAUUUCCAGAGGACGAAACUCUAUCUUGCAUAAUCUUUAUGAUAUGAUUGGCCCAAGAGCAAAUGAUUACAUUUCUUUCUACGGUCUGAGAGCUUACGGAAGACUUUCUGAUGGUGGUUCACUAGCUACCAACCAGAUUUAUGUCCACAGUAAGGUGAUGAUAGUUGAUGAUCGUGUGGCCUUAAUUGGAUCAGCUAAUAUCAAUGAUAGAAGUUUGCUUGGAGAAAGAGACUCUGAGAUUGAUGUACUAAUUGAAGAUAAAGAAUUUGUUGACUCAUCCAUGAAUGGAAUGCGUUGGAAAGCUGGCAAAUUUGCUUUUAGUCUUCGUCAAUCCUUAUGGGCCGAACACCUUGGUCUUUGCGCCGGAGAGAUGAUUCAAAUCAGUGACCCCGUGAUCGACACAACAUACAAAGAUAUAUGGAUGGCAACUGCCAAGACUAAUACCACGAUAUACCAAGAUGUUUUUGCUUGCGUUCCCAAUGAUCUUAUACACACCAGAGCGGCAAUUAGACAGAGUAUGGGAUACUGGAAGGAGAAACUAGGACAUACGACAAUAGAUUUAGGAAUAGCUCCAGGGAAGCUAGAAUCAUAUCAUAACGGAGAUGUUAAAGCAACAGAUCCAAUGGAGAGACUAGGGACAAUAAGAGGUCAUCUUGUUUCAUUUCCUUUAGAUUUUAUGUGUCAAGAAGAUUUAAGACCCGUGUUUAACGAGAGUGAAUAUUAUGCAUCAACUCAUGUCUUCCAUUAAAAUGAAGAAAAUUUUGACGUUUCCACUCCACUUAUACUCCCUGUCAAAUCAACAAAAAUAUACAUUGUAUGUAAUAUGUUUAAACCGUCUCAAGCGGGGGUGGAACCUGCAUAUAUUGAUAUAUAUUCUUUUUGUAUCUAUACUUCAAACAAUUUAAAAGGAAAUAGAGGAACAGCCAUGAUAUUGGCUUCAUUAAAUGAGUA